CCUAAGGGAGGGGGGCCCCCCGGCGGCUCUUCUCCCGCGGCAUCCUCCGGGACGGCGCUUCCGAGCCCUCCCUUCUCCUCCACCCCAUCUUCCUCCACGACCUUUCUCUCCAAAAGGGCCCCGAGAGGGAAAGAGAGAAACUCUCGGGUGCCUCGUUAACGUUUAACAGGGCAAAGGGUGAUAACGCAGCUUGGCUGCUCUCUGGGGCUCCAAAAAGGGGGCGGUUGUGUCAGUAGGACGUUUUUCAGCAGCCAUCUGACCCUUCGUGGUCAAUAAAAGCAGAGGAAAUGUCCUCCUCUUAAGUACCAGGACUUAGUUCUAGAACAUGUGAAACAUUAACAAAGCAGAAGAGCACAUUUCUUAUUGCCAAGUAACCACAUUCUACCGCUCCUCUCCAUCUGCUGUGAAAGAGAAGGUCUUCAGAAACUGCUGAAUUCUUCAUUGGAAACAAAAUUUGUAACAAUGGAUAGUCCUGUCAGGGUCCAAAGCAGUCAAAGAAAAUCUAAAGUAGCAGUGAGAAAGACCCUUCAAGAAGAUGCACCAAUCAGACCUCAAAUCACCCCAAACCUUCUAGAAAACUUUAGUGAAUGUUUACUGCCUCCUGUGAAGGCAUUGUUGCAAAGUCAAAAAGAAUUAUGCACAGUGUCAACAGAAGAACUGAAAGAAGAGCAAGACAGUUUUAAUGAGGUCACAUUUCUGUGUUUUGAGGAUGAAACUGCUGUUGCUUCUAAGGAGUUAGCAGCUAUGUCAAGUGAGCUUCCAGAUCUUCUUCAAUCACUCCACCUGUGCACUUUACAUGAAAAUGAAGUUAUUUUUCUAAAGGACCUACAUAAGCCAUUGGGGACCAGAGAUAUUCCUAAGAAAAAGAAUUACCCUACACGAAUACUGUGUGUGAUGAGAUUGUCUUCAUUUCCAAGGCUUGGAGUUGACUCUGUAUUUACAUUGCUGAACAAAUACACUGCUGGCAUAAGAUGUACCAUGGAAAUGUACUCAUUACAGAAGGACCUUUCAGAUCUACCACAGACAGAGGAGGAUGAUACUAAUCAGUCCGUGUCAUCAAUUGAGGAUGAUUUUGUUACUGCAUUAGAGCAUUUAGAUGAAGAUGACCCAACAAAGAUGAUAAAAUCUGGUCAAGCUGCACCUGAGAAACAUCAAGAUGUUCCUUCACAGAUCAUCUCAGAUCAUCUUUUAGAGUCUGUGGAUCAAAGGAUUGUUCUUAAUUCUCGGCAUCAGAAGCCAUCUGUCAAAUCAUCCUUUGUGAACAUCUUAGAACAUAAGGAAUUGUCUUCUCCCAUUCGAAAUUCUGUCACAACUUCUAUUUCUGAUCCUUGGAUACAGAGGAGUUUCUUCAGAUCCCACAAUCCUGAGCAUAGUGCUAAUCUUCUACAUAAAACAUUAUUUUCUUCCUCUCCUGUUGAAUCAUCAGAAUCUGAUUGCUCUAGUCCAAGCCCAGUUAUUUUUUUAGAUGAAGAAGGGUAUCAAAAAAGUUUGAAGGCAAAGCUUCAGCUACCAAAAAUACCAGUAAUGAAAGAUGGUGUAGAAGAUUCAGAUUCUGAAGUAAGUGAGUUCUUUGAUAGUUUUGACCAAUUUGAUGAACAGCAACAAACUCUGGAAAGUGGUUCUAAAUACGCUAGGGAUCCAGUCCUGGGUAAUGCAUCUGACAAUAAGAUUAUUUCACACAAAAAGUCAUGCUCUGCAAGAAUUACAAUGAAUCCUCAGAAGUUCAAAUUUGAUCGCCCUGUUCUUCCAGCCAAUGUGAGGAAACCAACUCCUCGGAAGCCAGAAUCUCCAUAUAGCAACCUCUUAGAUAUCCCAGAUUCUCCCCGUCCAGUGAAGACACCAGGAGAUGACAGUAGAUGCUUGUUCAGUCCUAUUAGGUCAUCAGCUUUUAGUCCAUUAGGCAGCUGCUUUUCAACAGAAUGUCUUUGUCGAACUGGUAUCAAAAAGGAUGCUGUUAGCCCAAAUUACAAUCUUGUUUGUCACACACAUUCAGAAUUUGCAAAUAACAUUUCCUUUGAAAUUCUAAGUUCUGUCUUUAAUUCUCGGCCUUCCUCAUUAUGCCGAUGCACAAAGGACAUACCCAACAGUAACUUGGUGGUUUCAAAAGAAGAAAAGCAUUGGACUUCAAAACCUAAAGGAGGAGUGACUAGAAAAGGACAAAAUAAGAAAGGUACAUCUAAAUACAAAUCAUUGAUGAUUAAAGAACACAUCCAGAAAUUUGCAUCGGAACUUGUGGAGAAGAGUUUUGGCAGUGCCUUCAGAGACCUUCAGAAAGGUGUUUCUUCAUGUACCAAUGCACUUUGUCACUUGGCUGCCAAAUUGACUUCUUUAGUAUUUCAAAUGGCUUUUUAUGAUAUUGGGAGGCAGCAAGCCUUGUCCCUGAAAAGGAGAGCUAUUAAUGGGCUAGCAGGCCUUUUGGUAAGUGAAGCAAUAACAGGUGCUUUAAAAGAGCUACGGUCUGUAAAGCAACAAAUAUUUACCAACACAGUUGCAAAAUUUGCAGGAGACCUUGCUGAGGAGCUGAUUUUUGAAGGCAUCAUGGAGGUCUGUCAGUUUUCAUACCCAUCAACUCCAGCAGCUUAUCAGAAUGGUUCUUUCCAUUAUAAUGAUAAUGUUGUACAGUUAUAUGCCAAAGACUUGUCUGAGUCAGUUAUUCAGGAAGCUUUUAUUGAGCUAUCACAAGUUGAUGUAACAUUUACAACACAAGCAGCAAUUAGUAUUUCGAUGGACAAUAUAAAAUAUGGAAGUGCAGAGCCAACACAGACCUCCAAUGCUUUUACUGAGUUUCAAGAUAAAUUGCCAUUAACUUUCAAUCCAGUACAGGAAUACAGAAAGGAAUAUACUGUUCAUAAAGCACUUUUCUAUACAUCUAGCAUUGCCAGUUCAAUCCCAGUGCCCAUAGCUGGAAGCAUACUUUGUCAAAACCAGAUUUUAUCUGCUGACAUAAAGGUGAAGAACCAUUCCAUAUCUGGUGGUAAUUUGAAGUGUUGCAACGAAUCUGCAGAACUGCACUCUUCAACUAAAAAGAGACAAGGUGAAGUGACAUCGGUCAGAAAUAUUUACUUGACAACAGAUAACAGUCCAGAUAGUGAAUGUAAUGCACAGAUUUUAUAUAAACAGAGUGAUUUUAAACAAGGAAAUAAUCCUGAGUUUUCAGACUUAACUGGUGCACCAAACGUUAGUAGUUUUUCUGGAACAAUGGUGGAUAUGAUAGUAAAUGAGGCAUAUGAAGCAGUAACCUCUUCCAAGGUUUCUAAGUCUGCCAGGCAGUACACAGAUAUGUUAAAAAUGAAGAAAAUGCCAUAUUUACAGUGUAUUGGUGAAGAUACCUGUAAGAAUAUGUUUUCCAAUUAUUUGGCCAAACGGAUCGUAAAACAGUCUGUAGAUGAAACAAGAUCUGCAUGUUCUGCUACAAGUGAAAAAUUAGCAUACUGUGUGGGAUUAGGAAGUAAUGCAAGCACCAGUAAGAAUGAAUUGCCCAGUUCAAUAAAGCAAUCUGAAAAAAACAAAACUGUUCCAGUGAUUGUAGGGCAGCAGCAGAUGCCCCUGAACAGCUCCUCUAAAUUUCAUGGAAGUCCAACCUACUCUAGUAAAUUUGUGCUUUCAGCAUCCAAGGAUUGUGUUCAGGAAAAAAAGAAACAUGUUGCUUGCAGGUCAUCUAUGUGCAAAUCUUCUCCUCCUUCUGCAGUGAAUUUUGUAAAGCAUAUGGAAGAACUUCCAGAUCCAGAAGGUUGCUCAGCAAAACCCAUAAGUAAUUCAUUGUAUACAUGUAGUAUGUACAAAACUUCAGGAUGUCUUAUAUUUGGUCAUGAGAGAGCUCUUGAUGCAAACACUUUUAGUUCUGUGAUGUCCAGUUGUGAAGACACAUUUCAAAUAGAAGAGAAGUCAAGUGUCAGAGAUGGAAGCCUUUUUGGAAUUCCAAACACACCACCGCCAACACCUUUAAUACCCUCCCAGGCUAGUUCUGAGUGGAAUUUGAGAAAGUUAACAAAGAAGCUAAAAGGUGAGCUAGCAAAGGAGUUUGCACCUGCAACCCCCCCUUCUACACCUUAUAGACCAGAAACAGAUGGGCCAUAUGAAGAUGAAAGUCAUGACCUAGGAAAGGAAGAGUUUAUGUUAAAGCUUAUGAGGUCUCUUUCUGAGGAAGUUGAAAGCAGUGAAGAUGAAGAACAUUCUGGAACACUGGUAGAGAGAAUUAAAACAUCAGUAAGAACGACAGAAUAUGCAGAUCAUUUAGCUACUAGUAUAAUCUCUAUGGCAACUGAAAAGGCUGCUUCAGACUUCGAUAAAGCUGUUCAAAUGGAGAAUAAUAAAUACUUCCCAGAAAGCAUAGAAAGCAAAAAAUGUCGGUAUGCUACCUUCCUGAAUGUUCCGGGGGGGAAAUUGCAUUCAUUACAGAUUUAUGCUGGUGAUAUGGCUGGAAAUCUCAUUAGUGAAGCUGAGAAGAUGGUAAAAUCAAGACACUGCAAAGUUCUGAAGUUGAAGCAAGUUAAUUACCAGGCUAAUGGUUCUCAUUGUAAAAGGGGCUAUCAUGAAUGUUGGACAAAAGACAGGAGAUACCUCUUGGCAGACCAGUGUUCUAAAGACACAGACUGCUUUGCACUCUCUUUACCCCCAAGUCUGGAAGCUCCGGGUCUCACUUCCAAAUAUCCAAGUUGUGAAAGUGUAACUGAUGAAUAUGCAGAUCACGUCAUUCGGAUUCUGAAAAGAGAAGGUGGUCACAGUGAACUAAUAAUGGAUCAAUAUGCUAGUAGACUUGCUUACAGAUCUAUAAAAUCUGGUAUGCAGCAAGCUGCCAGGAAACUCAAAAUUAGGUAUAAUAGAAAAAUAGCUUCUGCCCUGAGCUCUAAGUUAAACAGUAAGCUUGAGCUAUACGAGACAGUAAACAAUGGUGUGGAUAUAAAGAAUCAUAAAAAAGGUAACUGUCAUCAGUUUAUAAAGCUAUCCUGUGGAAACAAAUACCAGAAUCAUAGAACUGAGUGCGCAAGGUUAUUAGAUUUCUCAGAAUCUCUUGCAUGUAAUAUAACAUCAGAUGUCAGAAGAAGAUUAAUGUCAGCUGCUUGCCUGCCAAAAUCCUUAACUGACUCUUGUUUGUAUGAAAAAUCUAAAGUUGAUGAAAUAUCUGAUUGUAAAACACCAUUUUUAAGAAUGCUUUCUCCUUUAUGUUGCAAACAAAAGCUAUAUCAUAGCACUGGCAGUUUAAAUGAGCCUGCUAAUAGAGAUGGUAUUACUAAUACCAUAGAACAAUAUGCUAGGAAGGUAGUCGAUGACACUUUAGAAUUAAGCCUGGAAUCUGCUGCUCUACAAACCUCUGAGAAAUGGACACAUGGAGAUAGAUCAACAUAUGCAGAAAAACUGUCUCCAUUUUCUACAACCGCUUGUACAUAUUGCAAUAUGAGGGAGCAUCAAUAUUGCACUGAAGAUUCAUAUUUACAGUUAAGUGGACAAAAAUUCCACUCCAAAUUUCAGCAGAUUCCAAAUGCAAGUGAAAGUGACACCUGUCCAAAAUCUCGUGUUCUUCACCUGGACAUUCCCAAAAUUCAUAUUGAUACGGAUGAUAAGGUAAUAUUUGCAGACAGUUUGGUUGCUGCAGUUUUUGACAAAGCAGGGAGGCAACUUAGUAACACAAGUUUGACAGCAGAUAGUGGAAUUGGACAGGAUGGAGUCAGCUUUGCCGAAAGCCUUACCACUGAGAUCUUGACUUCCUGUAUGACAAACAUUGGUCCAGCUGUCAAAAUAAGCUCAAUGGGGAAAGAGGGAUUUAAUUCUGCUGAAUCCAUAGUCAGCCAGCAAAUGAGCCUAAGCACUGGUGAUGACAGCACUGGCAGCUGGUCCAAUCUCAGUUUUGAAGAUGAACACCCAGAUGAGAAUAGCAGUUUUCUCCACCUCAGUGAUAGUAAUGGUAACAGCAGUAGCUGGAGCAGUCUUGGUUUAGAAGGAGAUAUGUAUGAGGAGAAUUUAUCCUUUCCAACAUCAGACAGUGAUGGAACAGAAGAUAAAGAAGAUGAUCUUAAAGACAGCAUUGAAGGGUUAGGAAGCACCAAAAGGACACUGGUAAUAAUAAAUCUUGACGUAGGACCACAGAUGAUUGAUUCCCAGCUGAGAAUGGCACUGCAGUGGCUGAUUGCUUCAGAAAUAGAUGUGGCUGAACUUCAUUUUCAUAAUGAUGUGCCAAAGGAAUUUGUUCUUCUUUCAAAGAGUUUGCAAGAAAGAGGCUGGAAGGUAGGAGACCUCUUUCAAGCAAUGCUGAAGUACUGUGAAGUAAUGGAGAAAGCUGAUGGGGAGAGAGCUUUGGAAAGCAGAACAUUCUUUGGAUGGCUUCAAGAGCAUGUCUGACAACCAGGAAAAAGGCUGCUCCUUCUUAACUUCAUACUUCCUUUGGAAGGAUGGAAAUAUGUAUCUUAUACUUCAGCUAAUGUCAUGUUUGCUGUGUAAAAAAACUUUAGGGUGGAAGUAAAUGUACCUGUAUUGUCAAAGUGCUUUGUGAUGCUCUGUAUGCUUUUUAUACAAUGCAUAUCUUCAUAAUGAGUAUCUUCUCCAUUCAGUUUGUUCAACAAACUUUAUACCUAUGCUGUGAUCAGUCUAUUGUAGUGGUAAGGAGAACUUUGUUUGUCAUGUAUAUUAAUAAGGAUUUCACUCAAUCUAAGACACAAGUUACACAACCUCAAUCUACUAUACUAUUCUCCCUCUAUUUCUUUGCCUCCUUUCCUUUCCUUCCUUUUCUUAACAAGUUCCAGGAAGAAUUUAGUGAACUGGGGCCAUAGCCCAUUCAUCAGUUCUCCACCCUCCCCUGUAGUGGAGCCGUAUUGACAUGAAUAAUUGCUUAUUUUUCUCUAUUGCAUCUAAGGAGCUCAUAGCAAUUCAUGGUCAUCUAGUGAAAUGUGGAAACAAAAUAGGACCAAAAGGAGAUGAUGUGGUGAUUCCUUUAAGGAGCAAGGAGGGUUGCUGUCCUUAAAGUGAGGAAUCUAACUACACAGUUCUGUAAAAUAAAUUGUAUUCUUUCCUCAUUUGUGAAGGUUGGUGAUAAUUGAAGGGAUGGGACAAAUAUGUGUUCUACAGAGCUCCAACAGUUUGAUAACUUAUUUAGUAUCCUUUAAUAAGAGCAUUUCAAAAAAACUGGUCCGUGUUUAGAAUUUUUUUCUUUUUGCAGAAGGAGGUGCCUGGAGUUAAAGAAAUAGACUCAGGUCACUAGAAUUAUUAAUCAACCAGUAGCUGGACGUUUGUGCUUCAUUGAAUGAUAUCAAGAAGCGUAUCUGAUUUUCAGUCUCUAGAAAAUCAGUACCAAUGUUGAAUGUUUGUUUUUCUUUAAACUUUUUCUGUAAACAGCUUAAUAAAAUUUGCAUUAAAGGCAGCUGAGAAAACAGCAGUUAAGAAAUUCAGUUUUUCAUUGAAACACAAUAACAUUGCAUAUCUCAGUUUUGGAGAUUUUAAAAAGUCCAUACUAUGAUCUGGAUCAAACUAAAGUAGUUUAAACUAAAUACAUUAAUAACGUGGAGAGCUGUUUCCACUUGGUUCUCUGAGCAUAUCAGUGGUUAAUUCAAGGUCCACCCUAUGUCUCAUCUUUACCAUUUAGAUGGCAGCACCGUAGAUAAAGUGUUGCACUCCACUAAACAGAAGAGGCUUUUGUUAAUUUUCUUCCAAUAAGAAGUGAGACCGUCUAUGAGCAAAGAACUAGUGGCUGCUGUUUCCCACAUUACUUAAUUCAGGUUAAAAAUCCAUUCACAUUUUUAACUGAACAUCUCUAUUGCCAAUAUUUUUGUUUGCAGGCCCUUCUGAUCAUCAUAUUCACUUUAGUUUUAAACUUCCAUAGUACAUUGCCAUUAUAUCUUAGUUGUAUGGUAAUCAAUUACUGUUCUGUUGUGAUAUUUGGACAUAAUUUUAAACCAUUUAAAAAUAAAUAAUUACCCAGCAAAGGA